UGGUUUACGCUUAGCUUUUUGCGACAUAACUCCUCUUUUCAACGAUUGCCUGAUCUGGACUGCACAGUAUAAGCUUAUUGAGGUCUAGCUUGAAUUAGCGUUGCCUGUUUGUGGAACGGAAGUUGUGCUGUAAAAGUCCGCGGCCAAUGGACUUUAACCAUAUUGAGUGUCUAAACCCGAGCCCCUGAGCGUGGAACGUGGGAUGCGCUCUAGUUUGCGCCAUGGCUGACGAGAUAACUAAAGCGCAGACUGCCGAACCUGGCGGAGAUACAAUAUUUGGGAAAAUUAUCCGCAAGGAGAUUCCGGCAAAGAUUUUCUAUGAAGAUGAUCAGUGCAUUGCCUUCCACGAUGUGACUCCACAGGCACCCACUCAUUUUUUAGUUGUCCCAAGAAAACCAAUCGUCCAACUGUCUAAAGCAGAAGAUUGUGAUGCAGUCUUACUGGGUCACAUGAUGAUCGUGGCCAAGAAGUGUGCUGAGCAGGUGGGCCUGCCCAAGGGCUACAGGCUGGUGGUCAACGACGGCCCGGAUGGCGGCCAAUCAGUCUACCACAUCCAUAUCCACGUGAUGGGUGGGCGCCAGAUGGGCUGGCCCCCUGGUUAGCUGAUCCCUGCUGCUGUAACAGACAUAACUUAUUACUGUUACUUCUGUAUUCCCAUUUCAACAAAAUGCUGUCCCCUUGCUACUCUAUGGGAUGUCAACAACUCUGUCAUGUAGACUUAAUAGGGAACACUUUCUCUGUUGAAUAAAUGCACUUCACAAAGGCA